AACUAAAAACUACAAAAGUAAAAAACUACGACAACAACAAAAACAGAAAAAUUACAGCAACAACAAUCAAUUCCAAACUCAGUGAAAGCCGGUAGACUACUUAAAUGUGCAAAAGAGUUCUACCGCCGUAAGCAUUAUUGUAUAAAAUAAAUCAAAGUAAACAGGAACAAAGAUUCUUCAACGCUAAAACCGAAUUUUGCGCGUAGCUCAAGUAACAGCGUGAUUAUUUUAUUGUUUUGUUGUUGGCAGUGAAAGUAGGUGACAGACAGACCCUAAUAGCAAUUUGGUGUUAUUUGCAGAUCACGCCGCCGUAAAUAAUAAAAUCAGCAUAUACUUCUUUUAUCGGCCAGAGCUGCUGCUACAGAACAUAUAAGAGUUCAAUUAAUAUUUUGAAGUGAAAAUUCUUACAUACUUUCAACGCUCGAUCACAACAUAAAAGCUGCCAAAAUGGGUUCCGAUUGUGGCGUCUGGCUGGCCAAAUAUCUGCUAUGCCUCUUCAACUUCCUCUUCUUUGUCGUUGGCACAAUCGUGCUGGGCACUGGCAUUUGGCUGGCGGUCGACAAAGCCUCGCUAAUUGCACUGCUCAAGAUGGUGGAAAGCGAUCAAAUAACCCAAUUCACACAGCCGCGUGUCAUCGAGCAGAUGGCGUACGUUUUGAUUGCUAUCGGCGCCGUUAUGUUCUUCAUGAGCUUCCUCGGCUAUUGUGGCGCGAUACGUGAGUCGCGGUGCCUGCUGACAACGUACGGCGUUUUCAUGAUUCUGCUGCUCAUUGCCGAAAUCGUUGCCGGUGGCUUGGCUGCUUUCUAUAAGGAGAAGGCGCGCGCUGAGACCAAAACUUUCCUGCAAUCCACCAUCACCGACUAUUACUCCACCCACGAAAAUAUGGAUGCCGUCACACUCAUGUGGAAUCAACUGAUGAGUCAGAUGAGCUGCUGCGGCGUGAAUGACUAUCGUGACUUCGAUGCCUCACUCGCAUGGAUCAGUAACAAGGGUAAUCGCACGCUACCCGAAGCCUGCUGUGUGCUGAAGGAUGUGAGCCAAAUGUUGCCACGUGACGAUGAUUGCGUGAUAAAUCCCAAUGAGAGCAACAGCUUCUACAAGAAGGGCUGCUAUGAAGUAUUCACUGACUGGAUUAUCUCCCACCGCGAAAUCAUUAUUGGCGUGCUGCUGGGCGUUGGCAUUGUUCACUUGUUCGCCAUCUUUUUGGCAUUCUGCCUGUGCAAGGCGUUCGCCAAGUACCAUGGCAUGCGUCUUUAAGAGUCUGCCCAUAGAAAGCUAGCCAAUUAGUAGCACCAAAUAUGACUAGUGAAGCAAAAAGAUCGUUGUGACGAAAAGACUUCGACAAUUAUGAGAAGCCAUUUCUGUCUCUUUUCGUAAAUUGUUUAUAUUGUUGAUUUAUUAGUUUUACAAAUUUUUGGACAAAUUUUGUAGAAAUCUUUUUUUAUUGGUAAUAAGUAGUUUACAGAGGUUUUUGUAAAUUUUUAUUGAAACUUUUGCAUAACUUUAUGCAUAUGGAUAAUGAACUCUUCGAACACUGAAUACUAUUGUUAAAUAUUUAUGAAUAGUUGAAAACAAUCAGACGAGAAAAUAAUUAAGGAAAAAUAUUUGUUGAAUGAGUGUGCAAAUAGCAAAGCAUAUGCGCCUUUGAUUUGCUAAAAUCUAUUGGACAUGAAUGCAUACUUGUAUACUCAAGAAAAAAAAAUUGAAGCAAAAAAA